ACGCGUGUGGCGUCCAUAGGUCUCUGUGUCGUUUUGCAAUGCGGGUGUGAGCAAUAGAGAUUCUUUGGCCAGCAGCCUCUGUAUUGUGGAUUGCCCUAAAUGCUGCACGAAUGCGCUUGGAAAGCAAUUCCCUGCGAGCGGCAGGUGGCACACCCGGGUGACGCGACGCUGUGGGCGCAGGGACGAACCCGUGGCACCCCGCUGGCUGCUUAAAUUAUUUGUGAGCGAGCAAGACGGUAUUUUUUAGGGCGCUAGACCCCCAGGGGGAGCGGCGGUCUGCGGAUUCUCUCCGUGAAUACAGUUCUGCAGUUGUCCCCCGAAGACCGGGGUCUUGAACCGGAGACCGCAAGCGAGCAUCUGAACCGCAGAGCGAAACGGUCGCCCGCGUUCGCCGUUCUAGAGCUUUUAACACCUCGUCUCCCCUCUCCGGCAGGGCACGGAACCGACAGGGGCAGCGCGUCGCCCAGCGAUGGACCCCGAUGCCAGGGGGUCCUCCUCCAGACCCAUUCAGUGGGUCGUGUCUGAGGACCGGAGGGUGCAGAUCAAAGAGAAGACCACAGGGCCCCUGGGGAGGGUCACGCUGGGGGGAGUCCAGAUCAAACAGGAGCUCCCUGAUCUUCAGGCUGGUCAAGCGGAAGAGGGGGUUGGGGAUCUGGACCCUGUCCCUGUGAAAGAGGAGCUUCCCGAACUGGGAUUUCAGGACUGUCCCAGGUCAGAACUCGACGGGACCGAGGAGGAGGAGGAGGAGGAGGAGGAGUGGGACGCUGGGAGAAGCCGUCUUCAGAAGAAACGCCCCACCUGUCCGUCAAAGUCAGCCAGCGUGUCUCAACCGGUCCCUGUGGUUCUUGAAAAAGCUCAGAGAGGAAGAUCAGCUUCUUCCUCUACAGCAGGCACAGAGAGCCCCUCUCCUCCCUCUCUCUCGUACCCGUGUCCUCACUGCCAGACCUGCUUCACUGGAGAGCUGUAUCUGGAGAGACACGUCAAGAAGACUCACCGGGAGCAGUACCUGCAACUGCUGAGGAAUCGAUCAGGAGCGUCCCUGCACUCAAAACAGAAGGAAUCCCCAAAAAAGCCCCUUUCCCCUUGGGAACAGAAGAGCCCGGCACAGCCGGAGAGGAGUCUGGGAGCGCCUGUGAUGGAGCGCCGGCAGGAUCCUGCAGGGCGUGCGUUCUGCACCCGCUGUGAAGCCCCCCUGCACCACAGCGAGAGCCGGAGAGACGCAAAGAGAUCGAAAACCUGCCGGCAGGACCCCGGCGAGGCCGCGUCGGAUGCUCGCCGUUUCCUCCGGAUGCUGCUGGAAGCCGACAUCCCGCUGGAGAAGGCGGAGCACCCUGCGGCGCUGGCCUUCCUGGAGGAGCGGGGCAGCCUGGCCUCCCUGAGGGACUGCCUGGCGGAUCUGUACGCCGGAGAGCGGGACAGAAUCCGGGUGGCGCUCCGAGGACGCGCCCUGUCGGUCUGCGUGGAGGAGCUGAGCGAUGCCGGGGGAGGGAGGAUCCUCAACGUCCUGGCUGCCCCUGUCCCGGGAGAGGAGAGCGGGCCAGGGAGAGCUUACCUGCUCCAGACCAAGUUCUGCGCCGCUGUCUCGCACAGCACUGUGGCUCAGCUGGUCGUGCAGGUCCUGUCGCGCUACGAGAUCGGGUUCGAGGACGUGCGGGUGUUGGACACGGAUGGGUCCUCUUGCAUGAGGUCCAGCUACGUCAACGUGCUGCAGGGCUUGUUGACCAACUGCGUCCACGUGGCACGUUUGGGGCACGUGGUAGAGGCCGUGGCAGAAGCUUUCCUGAAGCCGUUCCGUCUCGCCGCUCGCUACGCUGAACUCUUCCAGCGGCUGCUGGCGGCUCCAGGGGGCAGGAGGUCCCGUUACCGGCAGUGUCUCCGGGAGGCGAACCCCACCGCGAUCGCCGCCGCUCUCCCUGACCUGCGCCACGCCUCCUGGGGCUCCUGCUUCACAGCAGCCCAGUACCACAGCGAGCACCUGGGGCAGCAGAGGGAGUUUGUGCGGAGAGAGAUGGAGCUGAGUCCCUGCAGUACCCUGUGCAGCCUGCAGGAAAUCUUCCUCGACUCGGAGAAGGCCUCGAAUCUCCAGCUGCAGCUCUCUUUCCUCUCCGAAAAGUCAGCCAGGGUCACCGCGCUGCUGGGCCGCUUCCAGCCGGGCGUUCCCGUGACGACAGACUUCGUGGACACGCUGGGGGAGUUGCGGGGGUAUUUAGAGUCCCAGCGGCAGAGCUGCGAGGAGACCCCCCUCUCUCUGCAGAAUGGACGCUGCCGGCAGUUUCACAGCGCUUUCCAGGGGGCUGCCUCAGAGCUAGACCAGUACAUGUCGGGGGGGGCACAGCCUGCGUUUGAAUUCUUGAAAGCCGUGAGGAUUUUUGCUCCAGCGAAGGUUCAGUUCCUGUCCCAGAAGAGGGAGGACUACUCUGUGAUCCCAGGAUGGGACGGGAUCCCGGACCAGGAAUUCCAGACCUAUCGGCUGAUCCUAGCGCCCGGGUUCGUUGCCAGCUGCCAGCGGGGUGCGGACGGGGCGAGUCUGGAGGCAUUUUGGAAGCGCGCCUCCCCGACGGUCCCGAGACUGUCCCGCCUGGCUCUAAGCCUCUCGAACGCAGUGGUGAAUUGGACAGACCCCCCUCGUGGGCUGGGGUUCGAGGGACUGGUCCGGUCGCAAAGACGGAGGAUGCUGUCCGAGGGCGAUAUGGAGAAGGAGGCAUUUCUGUGGUUCAACGUCAGCAAGGAGGGGAGCAAUUUUGCAACGGACUAGUUCUGAAAUGUUACUUUUUGUUCAUGGAAAUAAAAUAAAAUGCUGCAGUUAAAAAUGCACUACACUAAGAA